AUGGACUGGGUUAUUUUGACGAGGUUCGUAAUCAACGUCUUCUCAUUAUCGCUGAAUUGUUGGGUCUUGUUGGUGAUCGUACUGACGCCAAAACUACAUCAUCCGUGUUUCGAUGAGCUCUUCUUCUCCCAAAACUUUACCGACAUGUUUGCGACAGUGGUCAGGAUUUCUUUAACGUAUAUUCCGGAGUUGCUGUUUGACACUGAGGACGAGUACAUUCGGAAGUUUUUGAUGAAAAAGGACAGCUGGGCGAACGUGAUCAACGCAGCGGAGUGGUAUAACAGUUGGACGAUCGUGAUCUCCAGUUUUUUGUUAGCCUUUGACAGGGCAGCCAUGGCCAUUUCGAUGCAUUCUUAUCAUUGGUUUUGCAAUCGUUUCUUCAAGUGGGUGCUGGUCGCUAUAACCUGGAUCAUCCCACUGGCCGCAAUUUUGCCAAUGUUCUCCCCGUGUUGUGGGAGCUAUUUUUAUGAAGGCGCCAUCGACUCCGUGGAGUACAGGGACGUGACCGUGUCGGCAAUUUUCGACAGUGUUGACAUGAUUUUUGAGACGCUAGUGUACGCGCCAGUACUAUGCGCGUUGAAUACGUUCACGUUAAUAAUGCUCUACAAGCAGUACAAUCGGAUCGUGAGACGGCAUGGAAAAGGCAAGAAAAGAAAAUUGGUUCUCCCGACGAUCAGCAACAUCGAGAAACUAUGCGAGCACGAGACAUGUGAUCGGGUGCUAAAGCACGGGAAAUACCUCCCGAGCGCCGUUUUGCCGUCACAAGUCGUUGGCAGCGUCGAACGCCUCGAGAUCGAGCUGACCUUCGCGAUGAUCUCAAUCUUCGACCAACAAAUCGACUUCUUUGUCAUCCUGUUCUACACCCUCUACUGGGCGAGCGAGAUGAAUUUCGCGCCCGUCAAGCAAGGCCCCGUCCUGACCGUUUACUCCGCCAUCUUCGAGUUCGGAAAUCUCGUCAACCCGUACGUGUAUCUCAUUUCUUGCCCACCGCUGCGAAAAGCCUUUUUCUCAUCCGUCUUUCGCUUGUUUUGCGCU